GUGUGUGUGUGUGUGUGUGUGUGUGUGUGAGUGUGAGUGUGUGUAAUGUGAUGUGAGGACUUUGUGAAGAGCCCACUGUCAUACAGCGGUGAAAAGCUCGAGCUGUGCGCAAAAGCAGCCAUCACAGUUUCCAGUGUUCACUCAGCCACCAUGACGCGCCGGAGCGCCUUUACGCAGCCAGGAUGUCCCCCAGAUAACCACCGCGAGCUGCAGCACUCCGGAGAGAAGCCCACCAUGUGUUAGCUCGUCCUCGUGGCACAUUUUGGAUACAAACGCAGGCGCACAAAGUGGAUUGAGAGCGCACGAGCCACGUUCUUCAGAGCAGCAGCGAUGGAGGAGCAGCGGGACCCGAACAGCUCGGACAGCAGCGAGCCGGAGAGCGUGUCCCCGGCCCCCAGCCUGCCCUCUCCGCCCAUCCUGCCUCUGCAGGUCGCCCAGCAGGCCCACAGAACCACCAACUUCUUCAUCGACAACAUCCUGCGGCCGGAUUUCGGCUGUAAGAAGGAGCUCGGCCUGGGCCCGCGGGAGAGGGCGCACACCUCCGCCGGCCGGGAGCGCGUUCACCCGGCGGUGAGCAGGCCGAGCCUUCCCGGGACCCCGUGCCAGGACUCGAACUGCAGCACCGACAGCUCCUCCUCCUCCGCCUCCUCCACCUCCCUGACGAGUCCCAAAAAGAGCAGCGGCGGAGGAGGAGGAGGAGGAGGAGCGGCAGCUGCGGCCGGUUCUACCGGGAGCAGCGCGGUCAAAGCCGAGGAGAGGACGGGCGGCGGGGCCGGGGACAACACCCCCUCCUCGCUGGUGGUUCUGAACGGCUCCGGGACUUCCACACCGGAGAGCCAGCCGCUACUGUGGCCCGCCUGGGUCUACUGUACCCGGUACUCGGACAGGCCCUCAUCUGGUAAGGCAAGAGGGCUGAGCGCGUGAGGGGAGGGGGGUAAAAUAUUAAAAACACUUAUUCUAAUUUAAUAUUUGAUAUAAUUCAGCAGUAAACAGGUGGAUAAUUUAUUUACAUAUUUAAACUAAGAGUGGGGGAAUAAACCGAUUUUUAAAGAGAAGCUCAAAAAGAAAUUAUAAUUUAACAAAAUAAUAAAAAGGUGUUUUUACUUUUUUCUCUGUAAAUUUACUGAAUUACAUGUUUUUAAAAUAAGAAUUUUGACAGUAAAAAUGAGGAAAUGAUCAGAAAUAUUCUAAAAAAAACUAUUGAAGUUAUUUAGUUUCAGAUUUAUUUUUACACUUUACCUGAUCUUUAAUUUUUUAAUUUUACUGUAUUUUACUGUGAAACACCGGAUUAAAAUCUACUCCAGUUUAAUUUAACACAGAAACACAACAUACACGUGUUUUCAGAUUAUUCUCAUAAUUCCAGUUUAUUAGAGUUUGAGUGAAAUUAAUAAUGUAAUGUGAGCUCCAGGAUCAAACGGCAGUAUUUACUGUCAUUUACUGUAACUGAAUUUAAUCCUUUUACUUUAAAGAACCUGAAGACUUUAAAUAAAAACAUAAAUAACUCAUCAGCUUUAAAAACAAACAUUGAUCCAGAAUUUUAGAUUAAAAUAAACCAAUAAAAUAACAAUAUUUGUGUUUUCUAAUUACUCUUAAAUCAGAUUCUUUAAACCUCACCAGUUCAUUUUAAACUAAAUCAGUUUUUUAUUGAUCCAAAUGUUGAUUAAAAGGAUAAAUUAGUGUUUUGUUGUCAUGGAAACCUGAACCCUCUCAGGUGUGUUUGUACCGCGAGCAGCAGGUGAAGAACUUCAGUUACAUGAGCGGCUGUUUGUACUAAUGCUGCUGCGUGAUUAUUACCGUAUAUACACAAUACUGAGUGUGUGUGUGAGUGUGACUCUCUCAUUUAAAUUCAUUAUAAGGUGACACUUGUGUGUAUAUAUGUACAUGUGUGUGUAUGUGAGGUGUCCGGUCCUGUACCGGAUUUGAGCUCGUGGCGGAAUUAAAGGUAAAUAAAUGUAAAUAAAGCUGCACGAGCUCAGGAGACAUUUUGAAUUCAUUAGGUGUGUGUGUGUGUGUGUGUGUGUGUGUGUGUGUGUGUGUGUGUGUGUGUGUUUGAUUUGGCUCAGACUUCACAGAAACACUAAAAACAUACAGACAGACAGACACAGACACACACUGACAGACAGACUUCAACAGCAUAAACGGACUUUAGUAACGGCAAAAGAGUAAAAUGAUAUUAUUGCGCAUUUAAGGCGUUUUUCAUCUUUAUUUCAUCUUCAGAUGUUUCAGUGAUCCGCUGAAUGUGAAGCUUUUUAACAUUCAACCUGUUUGACUAAAAAAUAACUGAAAAUAUUUAUUAAAUAAUAAACGUCUCCAUAUGUAGACCCUAAUAAAACAUACAAACUUUAUAAUAAUAUCCGGUAUUACGGAGCUGCUGCGCAGUAUUUCAGUCUUAAAUAUUGAAUUUUAAUCUCUUUUACUUUCAGUUUUAUUCCUGUUUUAUUCCCCUACAAUAGAAACAUGUUUUUAUUUAAAGAUCAAAUAUAAAAGAAAACCGUUUCUGAGCGUUUCAUGUUGAAUUUAAUGUAUUAUUUUCUAAAAAAAUAAAAACAGAGAAGAGGAGAAGAGAGAUGUUGGAUUUAAUUUACUAACCUUAUGAAGGAGUGAGGCUAAAACUAACAGUGUGACUGUCAGAGUUUAACCAUCAGGAUUUAAACAGGAAUAUAAAAUAAUCUAAUAACAACAUUAAUAAUAAUCUGAAUAAUCCCUGGAAUAAUCUGAGUUUAUGGUGGACUGGUGUUCUUUUAUAUCUUUACAGAAGUUUAUAAAUCAGGGGCUUAAAUGUGACAACAUGAUGAAAAUAGUUCAGUGUGCAUUAAUUCAUAUUUACUGUAGUGUGUGUGUGUGUGUGUGUGUGUGUGUGUGUGUGUGUGUGUGUGUGUGUGUGUGUGUGUGUGUGUGCAGCAUCAUCUCAGUCAGUCUGAAGACUCAAACAGGAACACAGUUAAUAUGAGUGAUUAUUAAAGAGGCUCUGAUGUUUCAUUUAAUUUAUAAUAAUAAUAAUAAUAAUAGUAAUAGUAGUAAUAAUAAAUCGAUGCACCGUUAAUUCUGCUCCACUUUCAGUCUGCGCAUGUUCCUUUUUACUGUUUCUUCCUAAACUACCCUUUCUUCUUUAUUAUUAUUAUUAUUAUCAUUAUUAUUAUUAUCAUUAUUAUUUUGUAAAAGACAAUUUCAAAAUCGACGUCAAAAUAAAUAAUUAUUAAAAUUAUUGAUGAUUAUUUAAAGCUGAAGCAGACUGUUGGAGCUCGAGCUGACGCGCCAAAACCACGCGAGCUUUUCUCUUUCUUAAUUAUUAAUUACAUUGAUUAUUAUGAUUAUUAGGAUUUUUGUUUUUCCAUCGUUGUGAUAUUUAAAAAAAACGUGUAAUAAUUACCGUAAUACUUGUAAUAGCGUGCAGUUUUCUCUGAGUGAGUGUGUGUUUGAAUGAUACAGUGUGAGUGUGUGUGUGAGUGUGAGUGUGUGUGUGAGUGUGUGUGUUUUAAUGCAGGAUGAUGUUGAUAUGAUCGGAUUAUCAAACUUUCUUUCAUGUUAAUCGAUGAGAUCAAUUAAUCGUGAGUCGGCAGGAAUUAAAGGCAGACGGUUCAGGAUGAACAUGAACACACAGAUUUAAAAAACAGUCAAAUACAAAAAAGAUUAAAGUUGUGAGGAAUGUGUUCGUGAAUAUUCGAUAUUUAAUCGCUGGAAUUAUUUUUAACAAAUAUAUCGAUGAUCGGUGAAUUGUUUAUUUUUAAAUCGACCCAGUGAGUGCAGUCUAGACUCUAGAUCGCCUCUGUUCGCGGCUCUCUGCGCUGAAUAUUCAUAUUUCCGCUCUCGUGUCUUCGCCCUUACUGCAGGCCCAAGGACCCGGAAACUGAAAAAGUCGAAAAGCGGCAAAGAGGACAAGCGGCCGCGCACCGCCUUCACGGCGGAGCAGCUGCAGAGGCUGAAGACGGAGUUCCAGGUGAACCGGUACAUCACGGAGCAGCGGAGACAGUCUCUGGCGCAGGAACUGAACCUGAACGAGUCCCAGAUUAAGAUCUGGUUCCAGAACAAGCGCGCCAAGAUCAAGAAGGCCAGCGGCUUCAAGAACGGGCUCGCGCUGCAGCUGAUGGCGCAGGGACUGUACAACCAUUCCACCACCACCAUCCAGGAGGACAAGGAGGACAGCGACUGAGAGGGAGAGAGGGAGGGAGGUGGGGAGGUGGGGGGGACACUGAGGAGACACCGAGGACACCGGGGAGGAGGACGCACGGCACGGAUACAGCUGCAGGACUAACUCCUUCUCCUCCUCCUCCUUCACUCUGUACUCUGUAAAUAUAUGAUAUCUAAUUUAAUGAUGGAGAGGGGAGGGGGGCUGAGCGGACCUCCUCUUCCUCACCUCCUCCUCCUCCUCCUCCUCUCCACAGACAGACAGACAGACAGACAGAGACUGAAGCUGCCGCCAAAAACCAAAGAUCUUCUCGGGAAACAGAGCCUGACACUUUCUCCAACUUUACAGACAGAAAAAGAAAAAGAAAAACAUCAUCCUUCACUCUCUUCAUCUCUGUCUCUGUGAGCUGAAAGUGAAAAGGACCCCCCUUUCUUCAUUUUCCUCCUCUUCUUCCUCUCUUCCUCCUGCUCCUCCUCCUCCUCUUCUCCUCCACGCAGCCAGCAGCUGAUGUUUCUGGCACUUUCUCUUUCCUUCAGCUCGUGUCUUUGUGGUUCCAAACAGAGCAGCCACAGCCUCCCUCUCACUCCAUCAGGUUUUCUCUCUCUCUCUCUCUCUCUUCUGGACCAGCUGAUUUCUAAGAACUGUUGUAAUCCUGCAGCUCGUUUUGAAGAGGUUUCACACCCGCAGAUUAACGCAAAUCCAAGAGCCAAAAACGAAAACACAAACCCGAACCUGCAGAGGAAGGUUCCAGAAAUCUUAAAGGAGGGAGUGUUUCUGCAGAAUUAAAGAUAUUUUCUGACUUUUCUAGUUUCAUAAAGAAGUAAAAUAUUUAAAAUAAGGCUCACAUUUUUACGCUUAAAAACUGAAACAAAAAAGGAAAAUAAAAAACGUCAAAGAAAACCAGAUUUAAAACAUUAAAAAUACCACCUUAAGUCUCCAUGUGAGAGUCAUUCUCUCCGGAUUAUAAAUCGAACUCUAGAGCGUGUUUUAAUCCCUUAAACUGCGCACUUCUUUUGCCGAUUAUUUUGCGAUUAAUUGAUGAAUAAUUCGGUUAAAAUGUCGAAAAUGUCUACACAGUUUUCCCAAAUCUGAAUUAAUCUCUUUUAUGUUUAUUUUCACCUUGGAGCUCAGAAGAAAACUGAAUCUGAAAGUCUGGAAACAGAUUUUCUAAAAUACGUUUUUGAAUAUUUUCCUGACGAUUAAUCGACUUUUUAGUCUGAGUUCAUAAAAUGACAGUCCUGACUAUUUUCAGGGUUUAUUUCACGUCUCCAGAGCCUCUUAUUUUUCUCUCUCAGAGUUUUUAUUCCUCUGUUGUUUUUCUUUCUAAACUCUCAGGAUUACAGCAGUUCUCUCCGGAUUACAGAUUUGUGUUCAACUGUGAAAAAAACAGAGUUUGGCCUCUCUGUGCGUCCUGGUGAUGCUUUUAUUUUGGCAGGUCACAUCCGACUAUCUGUGGUUAUAUGUUAGAGGAGCGCGGGGGACGAUGGGAGGAGGAGGAGGAGGAGUGUGGGGGGGUUAUAUUAUGUACAUUUUAACCAUGUUUCCAAAUAAAAACCCUUUUAUAUCAGAAAAAGAAAAACAGGAAACACACCGAGACGUUUUUUAAAUGUAUGUGUGUGUGUGUGUGUGUGUGUGUGUGUGUGUUUGAGGAGGGGUCGCAGCUCAUUGGUUCACGUGAGUGGGACAUUUGGAUCCAUAUUCAUACAAAAGUGUUUUUGAGGAAAAGGAGGAGAAUUUACGCAGCGCGCGCGCCGCUAUCAGCUGCUGUUCAGAGUGUUACAGAGCAUGAAAUUAGCUCUCCGUCUGUGUGUCACACACAUACACACACAGGUGAUGUUAGUGUGGCUGCAGGUGUGUGUGUGUGAGGGACAAAGGCCGUGCAGGGCCUAAAAACGGUGUCGUGAUUCCUCCACAAAAACGCCCCAAAUGAGGAUUUUAGUUUCAUUAAAAUUAUAAUUUUGAUAUAAAAAAUAAGAAACAAACAUCUAAACCAAAUCAUUUCUCCUCUUUAAUCCUGAUUUUGUCCGUUUUUUACCGUCAGGACCUCCCGUGUUUUCCAAAUGACGCUGAAAAACAAACAGAAUAUCAACAAAAAUCCAACAUGUUUUUAAUCUAAACCUUUAAAUAUAUGUAUGUCUAAUAUGAAUCAGGAUUACCCUUUAAAGUGGUUGUUUUUUAAUAGGGAUGCACCGAUCUGAUAUUUUGAUCCAAUAUUGACAAAUUAACUGGAUCGGAUAUCUGAUGAAUGACGCCGAUCCAGCGUUCCGAUCCAUUCCGAUUAAUUUUUCUUUUAAUACAUGGAAGACUUCCUUCUUUUCGCUGUGUGUUAAUGUGAAAUUUUUAAAUAAAUAACAUGAAGUAAAUUUA